AUGGAAAACAGGUAUGAAUAUUUCCAAAUAAGGCAUGAUGCGAAAGGUGAACGAGGUUUUACAGGGUUGCAAAAAUGUGUUGCUGCAAUCAAGCUUAUGUCAUUGGAAGAGUCGUCCGAUUCUAUUGAUGACUAUAUGAGAAUCCAUCUCAAAUCGGCCAAAGAUGAGAUUGACCAUCUCGAAUCGGUCACUAUUGUUGCUUUCAUCAUCGUCUCAAUGCCUCCAAAAUCCGCGUUCGGCUCCACCUCCAACAACCCCAAUGUCACCCUCAACGAUCAAUUGCAAGUUUUAAUCUACACCGCCACCAACCACCGUCUCGACGCUAUCUCAGAAAAUUUGUCCAAUUUGAUCGACAUGCCCACCAACCAACACGUCAACCAGCCUCCGCCGCCAUCGCUGCCACCACCAUUGCCAACGACCCCGUCACCGUUAACACCGUCGACAAUCCCAUUGCAACCAGUCGAAUUGAAACCACCAUUUCCGUCACCAAAGGAACUGCUCCCACAACCGCCACUAAUAACUACCUAG